AUGGAUGUACCAGGUUACGCUUUGAUCACAGGAGGUGCUUCAGGCAUCGGCCGAGCAUGCGCCAGAGCAUUCGCUCGAGAUGGCAGCGCCGGUAUUGCACUCAUAGAUCUCAACCUUGAGUCUCUACAAAUCGUCAAGUCUGAGAUUGAAAAGGAGCAGCUAUCACCCAGAAAGGACUUCAAGGUUGAGGUCUACUCUGCAGAUGUCACAGAUGAGAACCGAAUCAACGAGAUUGUCACGGACGUGGCAAAGAAGUAUGGUCGCAUCGACUAUGUUGUCAAUGCAGCUGGUAUUGCCAUGAAACACCAAGGCGGUGCGGCUUUUGCUCAUACGGCUGAUUGGAACCGUGUCGUCAGCAUCAACCUUACUGGAACGUUCUUUGUGCUUAGAGCUACUGCACAAGUUAUGUUGAAGCAAGAACCCAUUCGCUCGUCUAUCAACGGAAGGGAAUUGCAGCGUGGAUCUAUCGUCAACUUCUCUUCCAUUCAGGGCGUUGUUGGUAUUCCAUUAUCGACAUCUUAUACCGCUGCCAAGCAUGCCAUCAUCGGCCUUACACGUUCAGCUUCGGAGGACUACGCCAAGGAGGGACUUCGCAUCAACGCCAUCUGCCCAGGAUACACAGAGACACCAAUGACCACAAAGAACCCUGAGGUACUAAAAGCUAUGCAAGAGCGGAUCACAACAGCCGUUCCCAUGCAGAGAAUGGGUGCACCGGAGGAGAUCGCCGAUGGUGUUUUGUAUUUGGCUGGAGGAAGAAGUUCGUUUGUUACUGGGUCUGCUUUGGUUGUUGAUGGUGGUUAUACCCAAAGAACAAGCACGGGUUUAGCUCAGUUGGGAGAGCGUCAGACUGAAGUCAAACUUCAAUCCUCACCAAACCAAGUGAUAUCUGAAGGUCGUGUCUUCAAAAUGACGGACAAGCUCGAUCACGGCCCCAAGGUCAUCUCCAUCAACGGCGAAGUAUCUGCCGCGAUCUACAAACCACUUGACAACAGUCGCCAAGAAAUCCGCCUUCUUACGCUUCUUCCGUCUGAAAAUAAAGAGGUCGAUAUUCGUUGCACCCUUUCACACGCUGUCCUUAACACUUCAUCUGAAAAUCCAGCAUACGAGGCGCUAUCCUACGUUUGGGGAGAGCCUGAUUUCUCGGAGCCAAUAAUUCUCAACGACUAUACUUUCUUCAUCACACCAAGUCUGAAGUACAUUCUGUCGUGCCUGAGGCGAAGAGAUGAUCAGGAACGAGUUAUUUGGGUUGAUGCAAUCUGCAUCAAUCAGUCAGAUGUCGAGGAGCGGGGUCACCAAGUCGCCCUCAUGCGCGAAAUCUACUCAAAUUGCCAACGAGACAUCACAUGGCUAGAUCCAAUGAUUGGCAAGACAAAGGUCAAGGCACGGGAGCUCUACAGCCUUCCGGAUUUAGAAGAAGAGGAAGAAAGAGUGAAGAAUGGGAUGGACUUGAUGCGCGAUAUAGCUGAGAAGAAUCCGCAGACUCUGAAGGAACUGCAAGACCAGUACCGAGAAGGUGCUUAUCGUCUCCUCACGGAAUCACAGUAUAUGCUCGGUGGUGUCUUCAAAGACCCAACUCUUUGGAAACGGCUGUGGGUCAUGCAGGAGCUUUCUUUGGCCCCGCGGUUGACGCUCAUGUCUAGAGAUGGUGAACUGAGCUGGGAUGUUAUGAACAACCUCUUCAAAGACGAGCCAUAUAUCGACGCGUUCCAUAUGGGUCGUAGUAGUAGUCAUGCUGACUGGUACUACAAGGAUUUUAGCGAAGUCUUCGUUCCCAUCAAGCUCAUUGAGGACCAGCGUCGCCUUAUGUCGCACGGCAAGGGUUCCAAGCUCAUGGACGUGUUGGUGCGAUUUCGGGAAAUGGAGUCGACAAAUCCACGGGAUAAGAUAUUCGGCUUACUUGGGCUGGUGACGGAAGAUCACGGCAUCAAGGUCGAUUAUCUGAUGUCGGUACCAGAGCUGUAUCAGCAGACAACAGUUUCCCUCAUCAACCUUGCUGGAAACUUGGAUGCUCUGUGCCAAAAUCCAUUUGAGCGUCUUAAAGGCCCCACAGCGCUAUGGUGUGUCGACUGGAGCGAGAACCAGCAUAAGCUACCGUCCUGGGUUGCUGAAUAUGAUAGCAAGCGUUGGCAAUGUGUACCGAUUCUCUUUGCCCAGCGCGACAUUUUCAACGCCGGUACCAAAACCUGCGAGACUCCCUGUCGGCUCGUCGGUCCUGGAGAAGAUAUUUUAGUCACCAAGGGCAUUAUCCUCGGGACAAUUGCGCCUGUUCUCCAGGAUGGCAAAGACCUUGGGGCUUUCGAUGUCAUGAACCUGUAUCUUGGCAAGGAUGCCCUUGAGCAACCCCAGGAGCAUCUGUAUGCCCCAAAAUUUGGUAACAAAGAAAUAUCGACUGGCGAGACUUCUAUUCGCGCAUUCUGGCGUACAAUGGUGAAAGACUGCACGUUGCCCCCAAGAAUGCGACGACUGAGACAGACGGAAAUCGAGAGACUCGAUGUUGAGAACCAGCAAACUUUGAUCGAGGGAUGGAGCAAUCUCCAAACCUACCGUUUGCACUUCGGCAACAGAUACUCAAGAUCUGCCUUCAGUUACCAGCCCACCGACGAUGAAGACCUCACUAAACUUGACACCGAAGGUCAAAUUUCACAUCAUUACAGCUCUGUCUGCUUCAUGUUCGCGGUUACAGAUAAUGGACUGUUCCUAGCGACGCGUUUUGCUGCGAAGGAAGGUGAUGUUGUGGCUGUCCUUGAUGGGGGAAAGGUCCCUUUAGUGUUGCGCAAGGUUGACUCUAGAGAUGGUGUUGAAGUGGAUUUGUAUAUGAUCGUGGGCUCGACAUAUGUGCACGGCUUCAUGGAUGGUGAAGCAGAGCGGGAGAUUCUGAUCGCGUAG